UAAAUGGAGCAUAGGCUUAGCUCUACCUUAAUUUCAUCAUCAGCCACAGUGAUAACAGUAUAUAAACAUGAAAGGCAAAUCAUACAGUCAAUAAAAUAAGAGUCUUGAGUGAGACAUCUGGGGCGCAAGAGUCCAUACCUAACUCCAAAAAUGAAUUCUCCACUGUUCACUUCGUGUAGAAAUUAUUCUCCUAUAGGCUAUAAAUUGACUGUUAAUCUUCGGAAUACCAUCGGCCUCUUGUUCUACGCUGUGGUACCAGUGGCAUUUUUUAAGUCUUCUCAGUUUUUGAUGGAUUCAAGCAAGCCAAAAGUUAUUCAUGAGGUCGUUCCCUACCUCAGGGUAUACGAAGACGGAACCAUCGAGAGACUCCUCGGCACCGAGGUCACGCCCGCAGCUUUUGAUCCUCAAACCGGCGUGGUAUCCACAGACGUCGUCGUCGUACCUGAAACCGGUGUCUCCGCUAGACUCUACCGUCCCAAGCUCACACCCAACAACCAAAAACUUCCCCUCGUGGUGUACUUCCACGGUGGGGCAUUUUGCAUUUCAUCAGCCGCUGAUCCCAAAUACCACCACUGUCUCAACACCCUAGUCGCAACGGCUAACGUCAUCGCUGUGUCGGUGAAUUACCGGCGAGCUCCUGAGCAUCCACUUCCGGCUGCGUACGACGAUUCCUGGGCGGUGCUUCAGUGGGUGGCUUCCCACUCGGUGGGAGGCGAAGGCAGUGAAGCCUGGGUCAGGGACGACGUUGACUUCGAGAGAGUGUUCCUGGUAGGUGACAGUGCUGGUGCCAAUAUAGCACACCAUCUAGCUUUGAGGAUUGUGGGAUCCAGGUCAGCCCAAAGGAUGAAGCUUGUUGGGAUUGGUUUAAUCCAUCCCUAUUUUUGGGGAGAAGACCAAAUUGGGUCGGAGGCAAAGGAUCCGGUGAGGAAGGCAAUGGUGGAUAAAUGGUGGCAACUUGUUUGCCCGUCUGGAAGGGGAAACGAUGAUCCACUCAUAAACCCGUUUGUGGAUGGGGCCCCGAGUUUCAAAGACUUGGGGUGUGAUAAGGUGCUGGUGUGUGUGGCAGAGAGAGACAUACUGAGGGAUAGAGGGCGGCUGUAUUAUGAAACAUUGGUGAAGAGUGGGUGGGGAGGAACAGCGGAGAUGGUGGAGACAGAAGGCGAGGACCACGUCUUCCAUAUAUUUCAGGCCGACAGUGACAAGGCUCGAAGCUUGGUCAGAAGCGUGGCUUCAUUUAUAAAUCACUAGGCGUAAGCGGUAGGAUUGCAUUCAACAUAGAUUUAAGGAAAUAAAAUUGUCAAGUAACCGACGCUAGUAUUUGUCAAUCUUAUGAAGUGGUGUUCUAUACCCUGCAACUUAUUGAUAAAGUAUAUGAUAUUAAGCCUUGAAAACAAUCCAAUAAUCUAUUAAUUUAA